AGCCCGCAAAGAUUAUCGUUUGCCCAUGCUCGCUCAGAAAGUAUCGUGCUGUUCUCAUCUCGAUCCCUUACUUCUAUCCUCCGUAUUGCCUUGUUCUUGCUCAUCUCUCCGUCCUCGUCAUCAUGCCAGGGACAAACGGUAUUGCCUCAAACCUCGACACGGAUCAUGCUCCGAACGGUUUCAAUCGACCCCCACCCAAGGGUCACACUUUCACGGUGGAUGGCGAAAAUCAAAUACCACCAGCUGAGGCCCAUAAUCGCGCUGACUAUGUGAGAAAAAUCACUAUCCCACUCAAUGACGCCCCAGCGUGGACGCCAACAAGAAGGCUGCGUGUUGCAAUCAUUGGCGCCGGCUACUCUGGCAUGAUGAUGGCACACAAGCUGCAACACAAAUACGCCGACGAAAUGGGCGGGCUCCUCGACUUCGUGAUUUAUGAAGCUCGGAACACUGUUGGUGGAACAUGGGAUGCCAACACCUACCCUGGUGUCCGUUGUGACGUCCCCUCCGCGAUCUAUGCAUUUCCGUUCGAACCGAACCCCGAGUGGAGCCAUUUCUUCUCCAAGGGCGGCGAGAUCCAGGAGUACUUCGUGCGGACCGUUAAGAAGUGGCGGCUUGAUCAGCAUGUCCGCCUCGGUCACCGUGUGGUGGAAGCCUCAUGGCGCGAAGAUGCAGCGCACUGGCAGCUCACGAUUGACCACGACAGUCAGAGAUUCCAGGACCACGCGGAUAUCUUGAUAUCAGCUCGUGGGUUCCUCUCGACAUGGCGUUGGCCCUCAAUACCAGGUCUUCACGGCUUCCGUGGACACAAAGUGCAUUCAGCAGCAUGGGAUCACGCAUACGACUAUUCGCACAAACGCAUUGCUGUAAUUGGUAAUGGCUCAUCCGGUAUACAGAUCUUGCCAGAGAUGGCUAAGCUCGGUGGUACGGAGGUGACGAGCUUUCAGAGCGGGCCAACAUGGGUCGUUUCGAGACAUACUCCAGCCAAGCUUGUUGGAAGCGACGAUCCGAGUCCGAAUCCAGCGUAUCGUGAACAGGACAAGCAGCGGUUCCGAAAUCCAGAAGAGCUCAAGAGGUACCGCAAGACGGUGCAGGGUAACGUUAAUGGCGCGUUCAAGUUGUUCGUUAAGGGUAGUCAGUACAAUGCAGAGACGACGGACUUCGCUAGGAAACAGAUGGCGGCCAAGCUCAAUCAUGAUCCUGAGUUGUGCGAGAAGCUGAUCCCAACAUACGAACUUGGCUGUCGAAGGAUCACGCCAGGGUCAGGGUACCUUGAGGCAUUCACGCAACGCAAUGUCCAUGUGACAAACAGUCAGAUCAAACUGGUCGAUGCAGGCGGCAUCCACACCGCAGAUGGCGGGUACUAUGAACUUGAUGUCAUUGUCUGUGCCACUGGCUUCGACAUCUCGCAGACACCCAGCUUUCCAAUAAUUGGCAGAGAGGGAGUUAGCCUGGCCGAGAAGUGGAAAGACGAGCCCGAGAGCUACAUCAGUCUCGCGUGUCCAGAUAUGCCUAACUUGUUCUUCUUUACAGGACCGAAUGCGACAGUCGGCCACGGCUCGCUGAUAUACUCUCUGGAUUGGUCCGCAGAAUGGAUGGUCUCGUGGUUCAGAAAAAUGGCCGAGGAGGAUAUUGCAUCGAUAGCGCCGAAGCAGGAUGUUGUUGACGAGUUUGUGCGGUAUGGCGAUCAGAUCCAUAAGACACUAACCUGGACAGGAGGCUGCAGGAGCUGGUAUAAAGCAAACAGAAUCGAUGGGCGGGUAACUGCGACCUUUGCAGGUAGCGCCACUCUGUACGAGAAGCUCGUCAACGGUCGGAUAAGGCCAGAAGACUUCGACAUUCGCUAUCGGAGCGCAAAUCGGUGGAGAUUUCUUGGUAAUGGUUUCACGCAGUAUGAGCUUGCGCCGGGCAGUGAUCUUGCCUACUAUGUCGACACCUAGUGUCAGCGGGAAGGAUCACUGACCACCGUGUUGAGCAGUGCUUCGGGAGCUGAUGCCACAGAUACCAAAGAUCUUGGUCAAUGCUGCGCUUGUGAGGUUGAACG